CAGCCUCAGCAGCUGAUGUGAGGAGCCCUCUGCUGUUCCCGGGCUUCACAUCACACACAGCAGCGCGAGCGCUCAGGGCUUCACGAGCUCGGACAGGUGAUGAUGGAGCUUUCAUAGGGUGUCUGCACAGGUGUGUGAGGGAGAUUCAUAGAUACACACCUGAUGAAAGCGCUCGGCAGGGCCAGUUACACACCGACGCGGAUACCAGAGGAGAAGCAGCAAACCACGACUCUUUUCCAUAGAUGAUGGAUAUUUGAUUCACCUUUAAAGAAGCACACGGACGCUUGAGAUGCAGGACGUCACUGAUCCAGCGCAAAAGUCUUCGGUGCUUUAGUCCUGGAGUGGGGAUUCUCCGGUCUGACGGAGUGACUCCAGCUGCAGGAUGGAAAUGGAGCGCUACCUGGGAGAAAGCGCCGGUGCUCCGGCCAACAGCACCAACACCACUGACACACCAAGAGCGGCGUUUAGCGUCGAGGUGUUGUCGGAGCGACUAGCCGUGGUGGCUCUGCUGGCGCUGCUGACGCUGCUGACGGCCGUGGUGAACGCCGCGGUCAUCGCCGCCAUCUGCACCACCAAGAAGCUCCACCUGCCAGCAAACUACCUCAUCUGCUCACUGGCCGUCACCGACUUCCUGGUGGCCGUGCUGGUCAUGCCCAUCAGCAUCCUGUACAUCACCACCGAGACGUGGUUGCUGGGGCCAUUCGUGUGCGAGGCGUGGCUGAGCGUCGACAUGACCUGCUGCACCUGCUCCAUCCUGCACCUGUGUGUGAUCGCACUGGACCGCUACUGGGCCAUCACUAAAGCCAUCGAGUAUGCCCGCAAGAGGACAGCCCGGCGCGCAGCCAUCAUGGUGGUCAUCGUGUGGGUGAUUUCCAUCUUCAUCUCCAUACCGCCUCUGUUCUGGAGGCAGCGCGGGGAUGGCAGCGGCCCGCAGCAGUGCAUCAUCGAGCACGACCACGUGGGCUACACCAUCUACUCCACGUUCGGUGCUUUCUACAUCCCUAUGACUCUGAUACUCAUCCUGUACUCACGCAUCUACAGCGCCGCCAAGACGCUGUACCAGAAGCGCGGCUCUUCGCGGCACCUCAGCAGCCGCAGCACCGACAGCCAGAACUCUGUGAACCACUGCCGGGUCACACACGCCUUCUGCGUCUCGGAUGUGUCCACCUCUGACCCCACUGUGGAAUUCGACCGGAACAACGUCGCUGUUCGCGUACCACCGUUCGAUAUGGACGCGGCGGAGCAGGAUGAGAGAAAUCAGAUCUGUACAUCUCGGGAGAGGAAGGCGGCGCGGAUUUUGGGCCUCAUCCUGGGAGCCUUCAUCAUGUGCUGGCUGCCGUUCUUCAUGAAAGAGCUGCUGGUGGGCUUGAUGUUGCUGAACCCCUCGCCUCACGUGUCGGAUGCGCUCACCUGGCUGGGCUACGUCAACUCGCUCAUUAAUCCACUACUGUACACCAGCUUCAACGAGGACUUUAAACAAGCUUUCAAGAGACUGAUCAGGCGUAAGGAGCACACAUAGACAGGCGGCUGCUUCAAUGUGAUCGGAACAUUCUGGAUUCAUACGUCUAAAAUUCUAGCAGGAAUAUGGAAAGCACACAUGAUGCAGUGUCCUUGGGAAGAGCUGAUUACGUUUUAAUAAAAUCGAAUGAAAAACCACUGUCUGCUUUUCUAGCACAUCAUCAUUUGAUUACUGAGCAACGGCGUGGAAUGGUUUGACAAGCACAGUGGUCUUUCCUGUACACUGUACUUCCUACUGAAACAGGGAGUAAGGAUGGGACACAUCCAAAGGGCUCAUUUUGUGUGUGUGUUUUUAUGUAACAAGUAAUCUCUAGGUCAUUUUUUCAUGGUCAUUUCAUUUUCAUUCUCAGUCUUGGGAGCUUUUGAUUGGUCAAAUCUGUGUAGUGUAACAUAAGACAUCAACAUUAUAAUCUAUUUUCCAGGAAGAGAGAGACAAAUACUAGUACUGUCAUAUACUGCUCCGAGACUUUGGGUUGAAGAUCCAAGCUUUAUUGAGGGUAAUCCAUAUUCUCAAUCAAUAAAACAUGCAUAAGGUCAAAACCACGAGCAAACAGUCCAAACAUAUAACAAGGUCCUAGACACAGGCAAAUCCAGGGAGACAAGCAGAAGAUAAAAACCAAGACACGUGGAACCAGGAUAAUGCAUCAGAAAUGCAGUAGUGACCCAUACAAGACUUCGCAAUGAGUGAAUGAACACAGGGUUAACAAGAUGAUGAGACACAGAUGGAUGUACAAGCACAAGAUGCACAAGACAUGCAGACAAAAAUCUUUAUAUCAUGGAUACAAAUUAGCAAUUCGUUCCCACAAAUUACUAACACAUCAGCUUGUCUUACUAAUUUGUUUCCUUGUUUUAAGUAAAUCGUGCACAUGAUGUAAUAAUUCUGUCCCUUGUUUUAGUUAAAUUAAAACGACAGAACAAAUUAGUUCAAUGUGGCCACGAUUUACUAACAAAUUAAGUUGUGGGAAUGAAUUCUUAAUUCGUGGCCACAAUUUGACUAAAACUAUUGAACAAAUUGUGGCCAAGAUUGGCUAAAACGAGAGAACGAAUUUGUGGCUGUGAUAUAUUUGUCUGCAUGUUAUGUGCGAGGCUCUGUAAACCCCAUAUGUUAACCUUUUUUUUUUUUUUUAAGUUGAUGAACUUUGAGUUUAACUAUUUGGGUUGCAUGCAUAUAUAUUACAGUCACUUAUACACAAUUUAAACUCGAAAAUCGCUAUAUAGUAGUAAUUAAAAAAUAUCAUUUAUGCAAAACGUUAAACCUUUAACCCACAGGAAAACAUCAACAAUCUCGAAACGCAUCGCCUCAGAUACAUUUCAAGACAGAUCGAGUAAUGUCUUCAACUGAAGGGGUGUUCAGUUCCCAUCAUGCACCACAGCUGAAAUCAAUAUUUUUAUAUUAUUGCAAUGGUGUUGUCUGCUUUUGAGAUGCUGUGCAGUGAAAUUGGUCUGCUUUUUGAUCUGCUGAGGCAAAGUCAGUAGUUUAUGCACGUGUAAAAAAAUUAUACACCUCAAUUCGGUGCAUUUGUUUUUUAUAUGCACAUUUUUAGGAUUUAUGCAUAUCUUGGCUUUUCCAUACAGCAUUUUUUUUAAUGCAAUAUGCAAAAAUGCACAUAAAAAACACGUGGAUAGAAACAAAGUCAUUGUGGUUUGAGAUUUGAAGGUCAUGAAGACUACACUACAGGAAAAAAAUGCAAUUUUAUGUCAUCAUCUCUUUUUUGUAGGGAGGUGUUACACUCAAAACAACAUUCCUGUACCUGUCUAUUCGUAGGCAGAUUUAAUCAACUCAACAAUAGAUGGUGAUUACUAGUCUGUGAAGAUCACAGCCCCUUCCAACACUGAGGUGUCAGUGUGCAACAGGAUUGUGUUUGUGGACUGCAGUGUUCUUGACCUCCAACACAUAAACCACAAUGUCUGUGACAGCAGGCCACAUAGUUACAACAUGCUUGCUAAAUUUCGCAUCCCAUAACUCACAGAAACAACAACACCAUUACAAUAACAGAAGCAAUAUAGCAGUCAAUCAGUCAUUCUCAUUGUCCAUUUGAGCUGUGGUGCAUGAUGGGAACCGAGCCCUGCUCCCAAGACCAUGUUAAGUGCAAUCAAACUGUAGAGUUUGAGUUUGCUUAUUCAGUAUUUCAAGUUAAGUGCAGUUAACAUGCUUGAGUAGUACAACAUCUAAAUCUAAAGAACUGCUACUUAAAAGUUGAGUUUGUUAAAUUAAAGAACUGGCUCUGUGAUCCUGUGAUCAUCAACACAGAGAAAGCUGAGUUCAUGGAAAUUUAAAGAGACACUCUCAUUAAACUCCAAAACAAUAGAAAUAUCUAAUGCUCAUCAAGAUUAAUUGAUUUCAAUCAUUUUAUAAUUUACACUAAUGUUUACAGUAUACAGAGCAAGUAGUCACUUCCACAAUAUAAAUUUACAAAACAAACAUCCUGAAAAACAUCUCGUCCUGCUGAUGAGAUGCUGUCAGUGUCGCCCCCCUGAGGCCCAGCACUGAUCUGCGGGGUCAUCUGGUUUAUUAGAAAGCUGAGCUGAAGCAUGGAUAUUUAAAACAUGUACACUGCCAGUCAAAAGUUUGGAAGAAUAAAGAUUUUUAAUGUAAAAAAAAUACUACAGUAAAAAUGUGAAAUAUUAUUACAAUUUAAAAUAUUCAUU